AUGUCGUCUUGUCCUGACGUGACAUCGGGCCAGGAACUCAAUUCAUUGUCGUGUGGCUCUAGUCUACGCUAUUGUAUCUUAUCUGCGCUUACAGUAGCAUCUACCCAGGGAUUCUCAACCCUUCAUAGCCGCCCCGUGUCUGUGAUCCGGCCACCGCGUAUACUCAGUCCGCUCGGGAAGGGGGGUAGGGAAAACCCCAUGCUUUGCCUCGACCGGUGGGUGGUGCGGAUCCGUGUCCCGGGGGUCCGGGAGCAGAUUAGUGCUUCAGGCUGUGUUAGCGGUGCGGCUUGGGAGCGCGUGCAGGUGGGAGACGGGACGGGAAACGUACGCCGCAGGAGGAGCAGGAGCAGCCGGAGCAGGCGCCGGAGCAGGAGCAGGAGGAGCAGUUGCUGUCAAAGACGCGGAGACAUGGUGAGUUUUCAAAAGCUUCCAGAGAAAGGCAGCAAGGCAAGUAAAAGGUUGAGCGACGAGGGCGAGUCAAAGAGUUUUGUAUUGAUCGAUGGCUUUGUUGGUGAUGUGAUGGUCUGCAAAACUGCCUUCUCCGGCCCCUUCUCGAGGCUCCUUCUUAUACUUUUCGUCCCCUCCCCCUUUCUCGAGGAAUGCGUGUGGUAG